GCAGAAUUUAUUUUUGCCUACACUUCUCAACGGAGUUCGUCUGUCUUUAAUGUUUGUACAAUGUUGUUGGCUUUUAAUAUGGCGAUACCCGUCCAACGUGGGUACUGAAGUCAGGUUUUUUAAAGUUUAAACACAGUGUUAAAAUGACUGAAUUGACACAUGCUCAGUACGAGUCCAGUGACGAUGAACUCCCCGAGGAGGUCGCCUUUGACGAGUCCAAAACUGCUGCGUUGAAGAGUGUAAAAGACGCGCUAGAGUCAGCCAAAAGAGAAAAGAACCUAUUGAAAGAGAAGCGAAGGAAAAGACAGCUGCUUUUCCAAGAGCAAAAGAAGAGAAAGUGUCUUCCUGAAGACCUCUUGGAAGAAUUUGAUGCCUUGCCUGAAAAAAGGCCCAAGACAUCGGGCAGCAACAAAGAUGAGGAAGAGACCGAGGACAUGAAGUCAUCCAAGACAGUCUCCAAAAGUUUACAGGACAGCUACAGUGUAGUCAGGCUGAAGGAUGGGUCAGCUGCCAAAACAAUGCAACAAAGUGCCACGGAUUUCAUUCAGUCCCGCCUUUACGGACCAGGAACCAAAAGAACCACCAAUGCAGCGCGUCUAUCCCUCCAAAAGAAAAGGGGCCUAAACCAAGGUGCAGCUGUAGAGUUUGCCAAUAAAAAAUGGGGUGCUGACCAUAAAGUGAAGGCUGAAAAGUCCAACAAGAGAUUUAUACAAAAACAGAAGCUGGUUCCCUCCUGAGUCCUAAAACAGCAGAAAGAACUGGUGGAUUAUGAGUGCAACAUUCAGGAACUACUUUAUCUUUUGGUGUUCUCUGAUUCACCUGAGGAUCAAGUCUGGAGACAGCCUCCAACGUACAGCUGCUGUUGACCGUGGAUCACAUUUUUAACGAGGACACCUAUAUUUCAAACCGUCAUUAAAGGGAUAGUUCACUCCAAAAUAAACAUUCGAUUAUCAUUUACUCACUUUCAUGCCAUCCCAGAUGUGAAUGACUUUCUUCUGCAGAAGACAAGACGAAGAUUUUUAGAAGAACAUCUCAGCUCUAUAGGUCCUCUGAAUGCUAGUUAAUGGUGGCCAGAAUUUUGAAGCUUCAAAAAUCACAUGAAGGCAGCAUAAAAGUAAUCCAUACCACUUCAGUGGUUUAAUGUAUGUCUUCUGAAGUGAUGCAAUCACUUUGGGAGAGGAACAGAUCAAUAUUUUAAUCUUUUUUUUUUUUUUUACUAUAAAUUUACUAGUAAAAAAAUGACUUAGCUAUUGAUCUGUUUUUCACCCACACCCAUAAUAUCGUUUCUGAAGACAGAUUUAACCACUGGAGUCUUAUGGAUUACUUUUAUGCUGCCUUUGUGAUUUUUAAAGCUUGACAUUUCUGGUCACCAUUCACUUGCAUUGUAUGGACCUACAGAGCUGGGAUAUUUUUCUAAAGAUCUUUGUGUUCAGCAGAAGAAAGAAAGAAAGUCAUACACAUCUUAGCAUGAUGGUGAGUAAAUGAUGAGAGAAUUUAAAUUUUUGGUUGAACUAUCCCUUUAAACCUCAUACAGUUAAUAUGUUUAACAUGUAUAAAUAAUCAGACAUACUUUUGAGUAAUUUGUUUGUUGUGCAUCAAAUAAGAUUCAUGUGAUGAAUUUAAAUUGGCCAAUAUCUUUUUGGGAGUGGCACAUGCUGAAUGUGUAUUUUCUAAAUAUUUUGGAUAUUUACUGUAAACUUAAAUAAAUGUAAGCCUCUGCAAGGAAUGACAAUUCUGGUAUCUGCAUUUUUCGAGUCAAUGUACAGUCUACAAAACAACACGUGAUGAGACACUUUUGGAUAUGAUUAACACUGGCUUUGUUAGGGAGUUCUUAUGUACAUACAGUGUAAAUAUAUACUUAGUUACUAACUAGUUUUACCACCAAAAAUGUUGUGCAACAGCCAAAUAUACAUUAGUGUGUGUGAAAACAGACCUGCUAUAUUUUGUUCAACUGGGUAUUUGUUUUAUUACUAAAAAUGAUAAGACAGUGUUGAUGACAAUACUGUACCAUUUCUCCUCGUUUUAAAAGUACUGAUGGUCUGAGAGCUUGACUGGUAAACAGGAGAAUAUACAAUGGAGCAGGCUUGCCUCUCCGGAACAGGAUAUGACCUUAUUUUACCAUGUUCCUGUCACACAUUCAAACUGCACAAAAACAGUGCAGGCAAUGAGUGAUGAGAGAACACCUGAAAACGGACUUUAAAAAGAUGGAAUAAGGGAUCAGGAUGGAUGAAAAGACCAUAGACAUCAAUACAAUUACAAAUCAAAGUGUCCGAACAUUGCAUCAAUCCUGAUGUGUAGUUGGCAGAGGGAGGGUGCGCUUGCACAAAGAAAGGCAUAACUCAAAACAGCUCACAUUAACACUCUAUACCAAGUACCACCACUAAGGAUGAGUCCAGCAGUGUUAGGUUUUGUAGAUUUUAAUUUUUUUUAAGAUAACUAAAUGUUUCACUCAUCAUGUUAAUAUAAUUUUAAUAGUUUUUUUUUUAUUUUUUUAUUUUUAUUUUUUUUAAUGGUAAAGUACACAAGCUGAGACUUGAAAAUAGCAGGGUUUUACCGCAGUGGGACCUUAGUUAUUUGGUCUUGCUCACUCUGCCAGCUUUCAACCAAGAACAAAUAUAUCUUAUAUGCAAUUUUACUGAUAAUAACAUUAAUAAUGUCAUAAUAAUUUUCCUCAUGCCUUGUAAAUAAGGAAACAAACAAUCAGCCUGCUGCGCCUCCCACAAAAUAAAAAAGACAAAGAAAAAAAAAAAAA